UUCAGGGCAUCAUAAGUAGUUUCUGGUGUUGGGACUCAGAAGUAACACCAAACAUGAUUCUCAAGAUCGCCGGCGAGCUCGCCCUGGUAGGGGUGAUAGCUUCAGUCUUCGUGGUGGCAGCCCAGGGAUGGGCUCAAGAAAGAGCAGCUGAGGAGGCUUCGGGUCAGGAGUAUAUGAGAACCUUAGAUGACUUGACGUCCAAGAUGAAGAACCGUCUGCAAAUAGCCAACUGGAACUAUGUGGCAAAUCUUACGACGGUAAAUGAAGAAGUACUGACGCAAACAACCUUAGAAAUAGCAGAAGAAGAGAAAGAAUAUUGGAAGGAAACAAUGACGUACCUUUGGCAUGAGUUCGAGAAUGAUGACUUAAAGAGGAUGUUCCACAAAUAUUCUAUAUUAGGUACAUCAGCAUUGCCUGAGGAUUUGAACCAGCGGCUAAUUCAAGCUGUCAACAACAUGCAAAAUACUUAUGCAAAAGCAAAAAUUUGUGAUUACAAUAAUAGAACCAAAUGUGAUUUGCUCGUAGAACCUGAUGUGACAAAUAUAUUUGCUAACAGCGAUGAUCCGGAAGAACUGAAAUAUGCGUGGGUUGAAUGGCACAAGGCCGCUGGAGCUCCAUCGAAACAUGACUUUUCGGAAUAUGUACAAAUGUAUAACGAAGCUGCUAAAUUAAACGGUUUUGACACGGCGGCGGAGUGGUGGCUUAGCGAAUAUGAAGCAAGUGACGCUGAAGAUCAAUUUGUAGCCCUUUGGAGCCAUAUUAAACCAUUGUACGAGCAAAUCCAUGCAUAUGUCAGGCACGUUUUGAGAAUGAAAUAUGGGGAAGAGGUGGUUUCAGCCAGAGGUCCCAUCCCUGCACAUCUACUAGGAAAUAUUUGGGCACAAACUUGGGGUAAUGUUGAAAAAUAUAGCAGACCAUAUCCAGAUAAGGCCGAAGUUGACGUUACAGCUGCUCUUGUUGCACAAAAUUAUACAGCUUUAAAAUUAUUUGAGACAGCUAAUGAUUUCUUCAAAUCGCUGGGCUUGAUGGGAGUUCCAGACUUGUUCUGGGAGAAAUCUAUAUUGGAGAGACCUAAUGAUGGAAGAGACAUGGUCUGCCAUGCGUCCGCUUGGGAUUUCUUUGAUGGAGAAGAUUUCAGAAUCAAACAGUGUACUACCAUUACCAAUGCUUUCUUCAAAACUACUCAUCAUGAAAUGGGUCAUAUCCAGUACUAUUUGCAGUACAAGGAUUUGCCAGUUAUUUACCGUGAGGGUGCAAAUCCUGGCUUCCAUGAGGCCGUUGGUGAUGUUAUUGCCUUGUCGGUGAGUUCACCACCACAUUUGAGGGUAAUGGGACUGUUGGAAGAUGGAACCGACGAUCAGGAAUCAAAUAUCAAUCAGCUGUAUAAAAUGGGUCUAGACAAGAUAGUCUUUCUGCCAUUUGCGUACCUUUUAGAUAUAUACCGUUACAACAUAUUCCGUGGAACCACUACUCCUGAUGAAUACAAUUGCCAUUUUUGGCAAUUGAGGGAAUCCCUGCAAGGUGUUGAACCUCCGGUUGCAAGAACUGAGGAGGACUUUGACGCUGCUGCCAAGUAUCACAUUUCGGCUAAUGUUGAAUAUAUGAGGUAUUAUAUAUCGUACAUCAUCCAGUUCCAAUUCCACCGUUCGUUGUGUCAACUCUCAGGAGACUAUAUUCCCGGUGACUCUAGCAAAUGGUUGUCCAACUGUGACAUUUAUAACAGCACCACCGCUGGAGAGGCUUUGGGUAAAAUGCUCAAGAUGGGUUCUUCCAAGCCAUGGCCAGAUGCAAUGGAAGCCAUCACUGGUCAACGCUACAUGGAUGCCAGCGGUAUUCUGGAAUACUUCCAACCUUUAUAUGACUGGUUAAAGACGGAAAAUGAACGUACCGGGGAAUAUGUUGGCUGGGAGCCUAGUAAAGUCGAUUACUGCAGUUCAGCACAGAAGAUGAACAUGGAAACAUCAGGAUUCAAACGGAAAAUUAAUAAAUACACUUCUGGUUGAAGCUAAAAUAAAAUAAACUCUCAACUUGAAAUCAACAGAUUAAUGAUGUAUUUAAAUUGGAUAUUUUCAAUAAAAACUUUUCCAAUAUCCCA